AUGAUAAGCCGUAGCUCAGGUGCAAAUUAUAACUUGAUACAGGAAUCACGCAUCAGGCUAGGCGAUGGAGUCUGGCCGACGUUAUUCUAUUCUUUAAGCCUGGCUGCAGAAGGCACUAUUCUAGUACCGGGUUCCGAUAAAAUCACCGCUACAUUAAUGACACAUGCAGAGGCGGCGAUUUCCGACGGCGAUCUAUCCAUUGUUGUCAAGACAGGCUUCCUGGACAGUUCAAAUAAACUAUUUCAGGAGACCUAUGCCUAA